AUGGGGCUACAGCUCACAUUUCUAAACACGAGUCAUGCUCCAACUCAGGGUGCGGCAGAGACUAAGCGGAUGAGAGCGCAUGUCAAUAAGGUAAACUUUGCCAAAAGGAGACAACGGUUGAUUGAGGAACAACGUGGAAAGCAUGAUACAGACGCCAUCUCGAAAUUCGCAACGCCUGAGCUACAUAAAAGAAAGGGUCCAAGUUACAUUUCGGCCGACCAGCCUCUAUUGACCAUGACCAAUCAUACUACCUCGUCAAUUCAUUAUUUACUAUGUCAAUUCCGACCUUUUGUUUUCCCAGAAGGAAUCGGAGGUCCUGGCUCUGCAGCCGAGGCGGCUUGGGUCCAUCUACUCCUAUCUGAGCCAGCUCUAGUCGAAGCUUCUGUCUCUAUAGGGCUGAAACACAACCCCCGGCGACAGUGUAUGUGGGGGCUGCGCGAGUCGGCUAUCCGCAAGGGAAGGGCCAUCAAAAUGAUCAAUGAGCGGCUUGAUACACCAUCAGGUCUAACAGACGGUCUUUUGAGUGCCGUCUUUACUCUGACAUGGGCAGAGCACCUUGGAAGUGACGCCAAUGCAAUGAAGAUUCACAGUGAGGGACUGGCCCAGAUGAUCAAAUUGAGACGUUUAUCGGGCAACAAUGACGUUCCGCCUUGGCUAUCUGACUUUCUACUAUAUGCUUCCAUGGCACACAAUAUUCCAGCUGCACGUGACAUGCACAAGCAAUUAAUACAAGCAUUAUGCGACAAUAAUACGCCAGAUCUAAUGGACAUUAAUUACAUCCAAUCACAAAUCGAUCGACUUUGCCAAGACAUUGACGCUUAUCACGCCGAUUCAAAAGAAAAGGAUCAAAGGAAAGCCAGGAUAGACGUCCAAUUCAGGCGUCUGCAAUCCGACGUCGAUACUCUCUUGAGAACCCAAGACCACCAUAUUCGUACGCUGCGUCGAUCCAUUCAACUAUUCCUCCUGCUGUUGUGGCCGAGCACAGCGCAACACGAGUUGAGGACCUUGGCCAAAGAUCUGAGACAAGCACUCGAGGAACCUCACAUCAGACUCUGCUCCACGGUUGACCUACCCGUCUGGCAAUUCUCUGUUGGCGCUUCCGCCGCGGACCCACAAGGCGACACAAGAUCGUGGUUCAUUGAUAGACUGACAGACCUGUCAGUAACCAUGAAUGUGAGAAUGCUGGAACAGGGCACGGCGUCGCUGGCAUCGUCGUUUAUGCCUGAUGCAUGUGUGUUGGAGAAAUUCAAGGCGAUCUGGCGGCAAGUCGAUUGCUCUGUUGUGCAUAGAUCUGGCGGCGGCAUUAAGCACGAGUACGUUAGGAAAUAA